UUCAUUUGAUAGUUGGGUUGUCUGUGCUGUCAAUAAAGUUUCUUGUGAGUUGUGUCUCACAAUCGAGCUCGAAGUUUCACUUACAUCAACAUAAUAUUCUCUUUAGUAGUUUGAUUUAGAUCCUUUUUCUAUCUAUAGUUUUUAGUGUCGUAAAAUAACAUGUUAAGUAAUUAACAGACCGCUAAAGUAGAAGAAUCUUAAAUAUUGGACUAUUGAGUUACUAACAAUUAAUUGAUUUAAAGAAAAUCAUGAAGGGUGCCAAGUUAUUAACGAGUGCUAAUCGUUGUGUAGCAGCAAAAACAACUCAACUACCAUCGCCUUUACGCAGAUGCCUGGCCACGGAGGCGAAGGCGGCGCCGGCCGACAAGCGCGGCGCGGCGCGGGAGAGCGCCUCCUUCACACUCAACCUGUUCCGCGGUCGCCUGGAGCCGGCGCAGGUGUUCCCCUUCCCCGAACCUCUGUCCGACGACCAGCGCCAGAUGCUGCAGGAGCUCGUGCCUCCAGUUGAGAAAUUCUUCCAAGAGGUGAACGACCCCGCCAAGAACGACGCGGACGCGCAGAUCGAGCAGAACACGCUGGCGGGGCUGUGGGAGCUGGGCGCCUUCGGGCUGCAGGUGCCGGCCGAGCACGGCGGGCUGGGGCUGUCCAACACGCAGUACGCGCGGCUGGUGGAGGUGGUGGGCGCGCACGACCUGGGCGUCGGCAUCACGCUGGGCGCGCACCAGUCCAUCGGCUUCAAGGGCAUCCUGCUGUUCGGCACCCCCGAGCAGAAGGCCAAGUACCUGCCGCGCGUCACCGGCGGCGAGUACGCCGCCUUCUGCCUCACCGAGCCCUCGUCCGGCUCCGACGCCGGCUCCAUCAAGUCGCGAGCUGUGCUGUCUCCCGACGGAAAGCACUUCAUCCUCAACGGCUCCAAGAUCUGGAUCAGCAACGGUGGCAUCGCCGAGAUCAUGACCGUGUUCGCGCAGACGCCCGUCGAAAAAGACGGCAAGACAGUUGACAAGGUGACGGCGUUCAUCGUGGAGCGGUCGUUCGGCGGCGUCUCGUCCGGCCCGCCCGAGAACAAGAUGGGCAUCAAGUGCUCCAACACCACCGAGGUGUACUACGAGGAUGUCAAGAUCCCCGUGGAGAACGUGCUGGGCGGGCACGGCAACGGCUUCAAGGUGGCCAUGAACAUCCUCAACAACGGGCGCUUCGGCAUGGCGGCGGCGCUGGCCGGCACCCAGCGGGCGGCUCUACGCCAGGCCGCCGAGCAUGCCGCCACGCGCGUGCAGUUCGGCAAGCGCAUCGCCGACUUCGGCGCCAUCCAGGAGAAGCUGGCCCGCAUGGCGCUGCUGCAGUACACCACCGAGUCGCUGGCCUACAUGGUCAGCGGCAACAUGGACUCGGGCGCCACGGACUACCAUCUCGAGGCCGCCAUCUCCAAGGUGUUCGCGUCCGACUCUGCCUGGAGCGUGGUGGACGAGGCCAUCCAGAUCCUCGGCGGCAUGGGCUUCAUGAAGGCGACGGGGCUCGAGCGAGUGCUGCGCGAUCUGCGCAUCUUCAGGAUCUUCGAGGGCACCAACGACAUCCUGCGGCUGUUCGUGGCGCUGACGGGCAUCCAGUUCGCGGGCUCGCACCUGCAGGAGCUGCAGCGGGCCUUCAAGAACCCGACGGCGCACCUGGGGCUGAUCUUCUCGGAGGCCGGGCGCCGCGCCGCCGGCGCCGUGGGGCUGGCGCGGGGGCCCGACCUGGGCCCGCUGCUGGCGCCCGAGCUGCGGCCGCUGGGCGCCGAGCUGGGCCGCUGCGUGCUGGAGCACGGGCGCAGCGUGGAGGCGGCGCUGGUGCGGCACGGGCGCGGCAUCGUGGACCAGCAGUUCGUGCUCAACCGGCUGGCGGCGUCGGCCGUGGACGCGUACACGGCGGCGGCGGUGAUGUCGCGGGCGUCGCGGGCGGCGCGGCUGCGGCUGCCGUCGGCCGGGCACGAGCUGCGGCUGGCGGAGGCGUGGGCGGAGGAGGCGGUGACGCGCAUGCCGGUGGCGCUGGCGGCCACGCGCGAGCAGCGCUCGGCCCGCCAGUUCGCGCGGCUGGCCGACAUCGGCAGCCAGGUGGCGGCGGCCGGCGGACAGCCCACGCCGAACCCCAUCAACUUGUGAUGUGAUCUGAACGCUUCCUAGAGUCGCUCUAUUUGUCAAUGUGUGUAAGUGUACAUAUCUCGAUUUAGCAAAAUAUAAGUUAUAUUUUUAUAGAUAAUGAAGCUUUCGCCGUUUAUUUUUUUAAUCGACAUAUUUACGAUAGAAUUAAAUAGACUGUUUAUAUAUAACUAUAGUACCUAACUUAACCAAUAAAAUAAUUGAAUCAAAGUUUA